UGGAAGUAGGCGGGAUCCACCAGGACUGCGCGGGGGCAGCUGCCCGGCGCUCCGUCACCGAGCGGUGGGAGCCGAGACUGGCUCUGGCCCGUCGCCAUUCCGCCGCAGGCGUCUGCCUCACCGGGCCUUCCUCCAGCGCCGCUUCGCACCCGUCGCGUUCUUCUACCCGAGCGCAGCGGCCGGGACCGCCGGCGGGGGCUGGAGCGCGGGGCGGGAUCUGCGCGCGAAUGAAUGGGCGCCCCGGGGACGCGCGCGCGCGGGGCUGAAGGGCAUUAGGACCGUGAGGAUCGCUCCGCGCGCUCGUCUCUCCCCAUCACACCCCCCCCACCCCCCACCUCUCUCCUUUUUCUGCUCUGCAGGACUGAGCUGCCGGGCGCGAGCGAAAACAAACAGCUGGGGCUGCGAGAGCCCCCGCCCCGGCCCCGAGAGCUCGCCGGCCCGGGCCCCCACUUGGGGCGCCCGCCCGCCCACCAUGAGGAAGAUCCGCGCCAAUGCCAUCGCCAUCCUGACCGUAGCCUGGAUCCUGGGCACUUUUUACUACUUAUGGCAGGACAACCGAGCCCACGCAGCAUCCUCGGGAGGCCGGGGCGCUCAGAAGGCUGGUGGGAGGCCGGAGCAGCUCCGCGAAGACCGCACCAUCCCGCUCAUUGUGACAGGAACACCCUCGAGGGGCUUUGAUGAGAAGGCGUACCUGGCGGCCAAGCAGCUGAAGGCGGGAGAGGACCCCUACAGACAGCACGCCUUCAACCAGCUGGAGAGUGACAAACUGAGCUCUGACCGGCCCAUCCGGGACACCCGCCAUUACAGUUGCCCGUCUGUGUCCUACUCUGUGGACCUGCCGGCCACCAGCUUCGUCAUUACUUUCCACAACGAAGCCCGCUCUACCCUCCUGCGCACUGUGAAGAGUGUUCUGAACCGAACUCCUCCCAACCUGAUCCAGGAGAUUAUUUUAGUGGAUGACUUCAGUUCAGAUCCUGAAGACUGUCUGCUCCUGACCAGGAUCCCCAAGGUCAAGUGCCUGCGCAAUGACCGACGCGAAGGGCUGAUCCGGUCCCGGGUUCGCGGGGCUGAUGUGGCCUCAGCUGCCAUCCUGACCUUCCUGGACAGCCACUGCGAAGUGAACACCGAGUGGCUGCAGCCCAUGCUGCAGCGGGUGAAGGAGGACCACACCCGCGUGGUGAGCCCCAUCAUCGAUGUCAUCAGUCUGGAUAAUUUUGCCUACCUUGCCGCAUCUGCUGACCUUCGCGGAGGAUUCGACUGGAGCCUGCAUUUCAAGUGGGAGCAGAUCCCUCUUGAGCAGAAGAUUUCCCGGACAGACCCCACCAGGCCCAUAAGGACGCCUGUCAUAGCUGGAGGAAUCUUUGUGAUUGACAAGUCCUGGUUUAAUCACUUGGGAAAGUAUGAUGCCCAGAUGGACAUCUGGGGGGGAGAGAAUUUUGAGCUCUCCUUCAGGGUGUGGAUGUGCGGAGGGAGCUUGGAGAUUGUGCCCUGCAGCCGGGUGGGCCACGUCUUCCGGAAACGUCACCCCUACAACUUCCCUGAGGGCAACGCCCUCACCUACAUCAGGAACACUAAGCGCACUGCGGAGGUGUGGAUGGACGAAUACAAGCAAUAUUACUACGAGGCUCGGCCCUCGGCCAUUGGGAAGGCUUUUGGCAGUGUGGCCACGAGGAUUGAGCAGAGGAAGAAGAUGAACUGCAAGUCCUUCCGCUGGUACCUGGAUAAUGUCUACCCAGAGCUCACGGUCCCGGUCAAAGAAGUACUCCCUGGCAUCAUUAAGCAAGGGGUUAAUUGUUUAGAGUCUCAGGGCCAGGACACCGCUGGGAACUUCCUGCUCGGAGUGGGGAUCUGCAGAGGGUCUGCCAAGAACCCCCUCGCUUCCCAGGCAUGGACGUUCAGUGACCAUCUCAUCCAGCAGCAGGAGAAGUGCCUGACUGCCACCUCCACCUCCAUCUCCCCCGGGUCCCCUGUCAUACUGCAGGCGUGCAAUCCAAGAGAAGGCAGGCAGAGAUGGAGGAGAAAAGCCUCUUUCAUUCAGCAUUCAGUCAGCGGCCUUUGCCUGGAGGCCAAGCCCGCCCAGCUGGUGACCAGCAAGUGCCAGGCCGAUGCCCCGGCCCAGCAAUGGCAGCUGUUGCCGCACACAUGACGGUAGCCCAGGGGCCUCCUGUACCUUUUGCAUGAGACUUCGGGACUGGAAGGGGGUUAGGGUGGGGGAGUGUAAAGCGGGCUGUUUCCAUCUCCUUACAUUUCUGCCGGAAUCAUCAGCAAACACCCCUGCCGUGAGACACCAUUCUCCAAAGCUUGUACAGGGAGGGCGCAGAGGGGCGUGCCCGAUGCCCUGGCUGCCGUCCCGGCCUCACCCCGGGAGAGGAGAGUCAGGAUGCUGGACCGCUGCUGCGCACACACUGGGCAGAUGCCCACACCCUUUGUCCCCUCCCUUCGCCUUUCUGGGGGCUCAGGCAGUGGUUUGGGUACCCUCCGCUUGUUGGCUGGGGAGAGCAAGGACAGAAGCCCACACAGGGGCCCCUCUGUGUCACGGGGCCUGCCCAUGAGAUCAGGCAUGAAAAGAGAACGUGGGCCGCGUGGACGGGGUUGCUGAGGCCGGGGGGAGAGGGGCAGCCUGCAGGGCAGGUGGGGACCCAGGAGGUGAGAAGCUCAGUGGCCUGUCCCAGGCAGGUGCUGAGUUGGGUGUGGGAGGAAUGGGAUCUGGGACAAAGGAUGGCUGAUUUGCAGAAGGACAUGGACAGAAGAGCAGCAGAGACCCAAAGAGUGGGUCUCUUCCCUGGGACCUAAUCCCCCUGCGGCACUAACCCCAGGGCACUGUGCCUCCGGUCUUGUGUUCUGGUCCCCAAGUUCUUAGCAAGAGGCUGCAGGGUGAUCUUCCGGGGCAGCCUUGGGGCACAGUUUAUUAAACAGACCCCACUUCUGUUUGGCCAUGUGUCAGGCCAAGACCUCUCCCUUGGGCCUUACUGACCUGCUGGUGCCCUGUACCCCCUGCCUGAGCCCACCGUGAGUACCCCAUAAGGACGGGCAGCCACCAUGUGCCACUGAGCAGCCCUGUCCUUGUUCGUAGUUUUUGUCCUCUCAAAAGCCUUUGUCUUGGUGGAGUAGGGGAGGCUGGUAAGAACGGGACCUCCUUUCUGGAGCUUUGACACUCCCUGAAUCAUUAGAGAGUAAGUCAUCCAGGCUAAGCCCCAUCCUCACCCCUUCCCACUACAGGAGGGAGGCCCUCGAGGGUCAGUCACUACAGUGGACGGGUCUCUGGUUGAUGGCUUCUGUUCGUGUAGAGAGCUCCCAGUUCCUUCUCACAGCCACUGGGCCUCUUUCCCCCUACCCCAUGGCCUGGUCUUGGAACCACUUCUGUUAUUCCCCACGUUUCUCUUCCCCCACCCCACUGGCUCAGGCAGUAUGAUCUUGAGCAAAAGACUGGUGGUACCAGGACCCCUGGAGGUCUCCCUCCCAAAGCAAACCAGCCUGGGAUCCCUAGGGAGUUCAUGGAUUCCAGAGGUCCUCGGAAUCUCCUGAAAUUGCCUCCUAAAUAGUGCACGUGUGCAUAUAUACAUUUCCCCGGGGAGAAGGUCCAUGGAUUUCUCCAGCUUUUUAUAGAGGUCCUGAUCCCCAAAGGAUCUGAACCUCUGCUCUGGAUUGGAUCUUCCAUCCACCUGAGCUGCCAUGCCCUAUCUCCCUCCCCGGUGUGCCUAAACUGCUGUCACCUGCUCCCUCCAUGCAGCCCUUGAGGUCAGGAGCUAAGGGUUCCUGGUCUGCAGCAGUCCCCCCGGAGGAUUCCCAUGGGUUUCCUCUGACCUCCUGGCUCACCGGCAUCCUCUCAGCAGAGCUCCUGUGCCCCAGCGUGUACCCUGUGGACUCACCAGCCUGGGGGCCACACUUUCUCUGUCCUCCAUUGUGAUGUUUCAUCCACAGCAAUCCCGUUGUGCAUGUCCACGCUGGCGGGCAGUAUGGACCUUUGGGGAUGGGGAGCAAGGGCUUCUCAGGUUGAAUGUAAGAGGACUGCUGUUCAGAGAGCCUUAAAGAGGCUCCCGCCUUCCCUACGGUCAGACCAGGCUCAGCACUUGUCAGCCAUCAUUUGUGGGACUCAACUCUAUUCUGUUUUUUGCUUUUCCUCUUCUUGACCAAAGCAUGUACCACUAGCUGACCCUGAGGACCUUGUCUUUAUGAAACACACACCUGGAAUAAAACCACUUCUUACAUGUA